CCAGUGGAGGCUAUCAAAUGCUGCAAUGACCUGUGGGAAAUGCAUGUGGAAUCUCCUGCAUUGAAUAUGGACAGGAUUUCUGCCAGAACCACUUUUCUGUUCCCACAGGCAAUUCUAGCCAGAUGCCACCAGUCACAAUCAUUGCCACCCACUGCACUGUCCACUGUGGGUGGUUACUGCUUCUAUGGCAUAUUCCAGUACCAAACAUUACACUGUGAAUCAAGGAAAACUAAAUGCCAGCACAAUUUUGAAAAUAGAUUACCCAAUCUAUCUGGCAUCUACUAUCAGACCUCGCUCACAAGAUAACACCUCACAACCUCACAACAAGGUUUGGAAUGUUCACACUUGUCAACCACUUGAGGUAACAUUUUAUGAUCAAUUGACAAACUGCUAUCCCAUGACUUUUGGCAUGUCGGUGUACAUGCACAAGCUGGGGCAGGGUUUUAAAGACACAACUUCUCAUUUAUUGUUUUUCAUUUUUUCCUAAAUUGUAAAUGAAUACUGAAGUCAUCCAGACUAUGAAGAAACACAUAAGGAAUCAUGAAGUCUUGAUAAGUUUAGCACAGCUGUUAAGUGAAAGCAAUUCCAGAUGACUCUCUCAUAAGACUGACUGAGAAAAUUCAGCCAAGAUAUGCAAAGCUGUCAUCUAAGCAAGUAGUGCUACUUUGAAGAAUAUAAAACAUAUUCUGGUUGGUUUAACAAGUUUUGUUUACUAUAUCAUUCCAUAUGUUUUCCUUAACAGUUUGGAUGACUAUUCAUUUACAAUGCAGAUUUUUUUUUGGUCAAACCUUUUACUGGUACUGUAUGUAAUAGUGGUUAACAUGACAGUGUUAUCAAAAUGUUUCUUUCACAAACUCCCCAGAUAGGCAUACAUGAACAUAAUGAAAACGUUAAAAAAGUAGUAUUUCCAAACCUAAGAAGAAAAACUAUACACUAUUACACAAGUCACGUUUAUGACUAGAAAAACAAACAUCUAGAAAAAUUUGAUUAAAUGUUUUCAGAACCAAAAAUUGUAAUUAGUGUUUUAGUAAAAAACACUAGAGCCAAGUCUGAGUCAAAACCAAGACCAGAACAUGUCAAGACCAAGACCUAAGACUUUUUAGUAGUCGAGUCUGAGUAAAGGCAGAGACCAGAAAAAAUGAUGCAAUAUUAUAUAUUAUACCACAGUUAAUUCCAACCUUGCGAUGUGAUUGGCUGAGAGGCGUUCCAUGAGUGCCAUUAUCAGCCGGUAAUGCACUGUAACCGAGACCAAAUAAAAGAUUUAAAAAUAAAAACUGAAGUACAUUAAAGUAUCUUCUCUAUUUAUCAAAAUGAUGCUUAAUCUGUGUCUCUUCUAAAACAUAAUCAAGUCACCACCUGAGGUCAACUAAAUCAAAUUCUAUUAUUUUUUUAUUAUAAAAUGUGAAUACAAUCCCAGAUGGCCAACAACAACAACAACAACAAAAAAAAGAAAUUAUGAAAAGCAAUAUUUUUUUGAUUUACAACCAGCAGCAAAUAAACUUGUGAGCAGCAGAAGACCGCUCGUUUAUGGUCUCAAGACCGCUCUCAGAUUAAGGACUACAACACUAAUAGUAAUGGUCAGAAAACAUUGUACUAAGCAAAAAUUGUGAGCUGUGAAGAAAACUGAAGUAUACUUAUCUAAACUCACUGAGCUCAGAGAGCUUUUAAACAGAGAUAGCAAGUUUCAGGCGUUCAGUCUGAAACACACAGCACAGGGAUACCCCUCAAUAUGUGAUUUUAAACUAUGUGGACAGACUUAGGCAUGAUUCAGCUUGGUGCCAGGUCAUGUAAACCUGAGAGGAUCUGUGACCGGCUGUAUGGAUCAUGUUUUUAUUAGAGUGGAGGACGGAGAACCCGCUGUGCUAAUCCUAGUCUAAUAACCCAACCGCACAUUCUGCUCUAUUAUAAGCCUGUGAUCUAACCAAGAGAUGACUGAGGGUCCAUCCCUGUCCCCGUCCCCGUCCCACACACCCCAGACUAAUAGAAGAGUCUGAGCUUUAAGCCAGGUCAUAUCCAUUCUGCUCUGCAUCAAUAAGGAAGAGGAGGCACGCUCUUCAUAUACUGAGCAUCAUGCGUGUUCUGUGCACUGACCCGGCCAAUCAGAGACAGCAAUGGGCUCCGCCAUUAUGCUUGGAGACACAAGGGCAUUUCAACCUAGGAAAGAAGAUCAGCACCCCUCAGGAUCUGAUGUUAGAAGAAUUGCACCUACACGCAAACAGAGGCUCCAGAAUGUUCCACGAGAGACAAAGAAGAGUGGAGAAGUUCACACUGGAGAGUGUUGGGAACAAACAGGAGAAUCUGUUGCAGGAUGAGAUCCAGACAGUCACAGAGGUGUUUACCCCUCCAGAGACCCCCAAAACAGGAAAUCCAAGUGUUCUUGCCCCAGGUUAUUCUGGGCCGCUGAAAGAGGUUCCUCACGAGAAGUUCAAUGUUACAAUUGUCCCAAAGUCUUACUACUCACCCUGGAAACAAUCAGAAGACAGUGCAAAACUGCUGGCUAACAUUAAUGCUCACCUGCCUGAACCCCCUUACAGACUCACCCCUGCUACCUACAAAUGCUUCAACAGAGCUCCUAUGCCGUUUGAAGGGACGGCAGGGAGCAUGAGGGCACUGCCACUGCCUGGCUUUGAGAUGCAGCAGACUUUUACUGAGCCCAACCUCACCUGGGAGAGAAUGUGUAACCGACCCAACUUCAACCGAACACCUGCAGGCUGGAGAGCUCAGUAUGCUGAGAAGGAGGAUCUGUAAAAUCGCCACACAGAAGAGCUGGUGCUUACACGUCACACGUGAUGAUCAACGAGAGGGUCAUAGGGACUUGAGCUUCUGGCCUCAUUAGUAUGCAUGAAAAGCAAUCACAUCAAAUGCAAUAUGAGCCACUAAUUAAAGUUUACAUGCAUGUUUCUAGACAGCUGUUUUACAUUUUUA